GAGCAACUCCAACAGAUUCUGCAUUUCCUCAUUUUUCUCUAUUUUAGGGAAAAUUGAGUCAUUUUCAGCUCCAACAGCUUCCCUAAACCAUUCCCUAAAAUAAAGAUUUUGAUGAGAGAGAAGAUUACAUUCCCUAAAUCUACAGCAACCGCUAAAAAUAUAGCGAUAGCUUCUGUCAUUAAUUUUUCACGUGCUCCACUCUCCACAACGACCCAAAACGUUUCAACUCCGACUGAAGCUCAACCAAGAAAGAAGACAGUAGUACAGGUGAGCCAUCUCCUCCACCUCUGUUCAUGUCGAUUUCACGUGCUCCACUCUCCACAACGACCCAAAACGUUUCAACUCCGACUGAAACUCAACCAAGAAAGAAGACGGUAGUACAGAUGGCUUCGACGCCAUUGAAUUUCAUUAACCUCCUCAACAAUGAAUCAGCCUUCAAUGACCUCAAUGAACCACAUUUGACAUACGAUUUCCCGGCGAGUCAGUAUCAUUCACCCUAUAAAGAUUGCACUUAUGAAGAGACACCUACUAGUGAAGUUUACACUAAUGAAGAGACGCCACGUGCACCUAACAGCAAGAAAGCACAAAGACAAGCUCAAAGACAAGCCAACUUCACAAUCGAAGAAGACAAACUUCUUGUAUCUGCAGGGUGAAUAAAUCCAAUGGAAGGAUGACGAAGUCCUUUAACUCAUUAUGAUCAUCACUUAAAAAUAAUAUAA